GGGCUGAGUACUCCAGCAGGGAUGGAAAGCUUCCGAGUGAGCGGCCUCCAUGGCUUGGUGGUGAACUCGGCCGGCUGUCCAUCAGCUCCACCUCCACCCAAGCCGCCUGCAGCGUCCACCUCAUUCUCCUUGGGCCAGAUAGCAUUGCCAUACCCAUACGUCCCCUUGGUCUCGAAGAGCCAGCGGUUGUGGUCCCAGUCUCCGGUCUGGCUCCUGGUCAUGGCCUUCUGGGAGCGCAUGAUGGAGAGCCUCCUCUCCAUCCUGGAAGCAGCGGCGCCAGGCGGCGGGGGCAGCGAGAGCGUAGGCCUGCCCCCGGCUGUGGCAUCAGCGGCAGCGCCAACGACGUCGUCAAGCUCCGUGUUCUUGUAUGGCUCCUUGCACCCGGGGCAGAUGGCACCGGCGUUCUUGACGGCGUCGGCGAAGCACUCGGCGCAGAUCUUGAAGUCGCACUCACAGGGGAGGAUGUCGUCGCCGCGCUCGUCGCUCAUGACGUUGGCGUCGCAGCCGUUGACGGCGCAGGAGGAGCCCCUGGCCCCCGCCAUCUGCGGGUGGCUGGCCUCCGAGUCGAUGACCUUGUCCAUGAGGUGCGCGCGCGUGACACUGUUGAAGCCGCCCGUGAAGAGGGAGUUGGAGACGUACUGCUCCUCCACGCGGGCGGAGAUGGCCGGGUCCAUGGGCUGGUUGUCGGGCGUGGCCGGGAUGUGGACGUGGUAGCUGGCGAACUGCUCGUCGCGGUCGGGGGACAUGUCGACGCCGGCGGCGCCGAGCUCGCUGUCGAGGUCGUCGCGGGAGUAGCUGACGUAGCGUCCCGAGCGGGUGCGGCGGGCGAAGGUGACCAUGGGGCGGUCGCCGCCCGGGGCGGCGGCCGCCUGCGCGCGGGCGUCGUCGCUUCCGCCGCCGGAGAAGGACAUGCGCGAGAGGCGGCUGCUGUUGCUGUGGCGGAGGCCGCCGCCGCCGCCGGUGGAGGCCAUGGCGGGCGGCCCGGGUACUGGAGGAUGCAGGUACGGAUCGGUCAGUGGCGGUGGCUGAUCUGCAAGACGGAAGCGGAAGCGGAAGCGGAAGCGUCAGAGACGGAUGCAAUGGAGGGGCAUCUAUCGACUGAAGCAAGUGUGUGUAUACCAAUCAAAACCGGCAGAUUUCGCUGCGGAAGGACAGAAAAAAGAUGGCAACUUUUUUUUUUUUUGGUCCUCCUUGCGAAUUGCGAACGGAAAGCAAAUCCGACAAAGACCGAGAAAUCAGGGCGGAACCCCGGGACAGGAUUCAAAGCAAGAAGCAGCGGCGCGCACGCAGAUUCAGAUGGGGGAGAAGCAGGGAGGGAGGGGAGGAAGCCAGGGGCCACAGCAGGAAGUAGAGUGAGGUAGCGGCGGCGGCCGGAUCUGUGAAGCUCCUUGCUCUUCUUUGAACGACGAAUGGAACCUGAGUUGAAUGAACUAAAAUAGAAGCGGUAGGAAGGACAGAGAGAAGCGAAGGGGCAGAGGAGAGGAGGGGACGGCGGUGGCAAA